UUCAUAGAUAAGUGACGGAGAAAAGACUGAUAAUUGAGUUUUAAUUUACUAUGAAUAUAGUUUACCUAAUUUUAAAAACCAAAGCUUUGGCUACCGGGUUUUCCCUCCAAUUCUCUAAAUAUAAAAGUUUUAAUUUUCUUGUCUCGAUCUUCACACUUUCAAAGCGUUAGAAACGAGUAGAUCGGUUCUAGAAUUUGAGUGGGAAAAAAAUGGGUGAGCACGAAGAGAAGCACGAGGAAUCGCUGAUGGUGAAGCUAGCUGAGAAGAUCCACGGCCAUGAUUCUUCCUCUGAUUCUGACAUCGAUAAGCCAUCAGAAUCGUCGAUCAAGGCCAAAGUUUUCCGUCUCUUCGGGAGAGAAAGGUCCGUACACCACGUUUUUGGUGGAGGCAAAUCGGCUGAUACAUUCCUUUGGAGGAACAAAAAGAUUUCGGCUGGAGUGCUCGGUGUUGCGACUGUGAUAUGGGUUUUGUUUGAAUUGCUGGAGUACCACCUUCUCACUCUAGUUUGUCAUGUAUUGAUAUUUGCUCUCGUAAUACUCUUCUUGUGGUCAAAUGCCUAUGCUUUCAUCAACAAGUCUCCACUAUGCAUCCCUGAGGUUCAUAUACCUAAGGAUCCAGUUAUAGAGUUUGCCGAAGCACUUAGGUUUGAGACUAACCUGGCUUUUACCGUCUUCCGGGAUAUUGCUUCAGGAAGAGAGCUUAAGAAGUUCCUCUAUUCUUUGUCCUGCUUCACACAGUACCUGUGCUGUAUGAGAAAUAUGAGGACAAGGUGGAUCCAUUUGCAGAGAAAGCAAUGCAUGAGAUUAAGAAACAGUAUGCGGUGUUCAAUGCAAAUGUUUUAAGUAAGAUUCCAAGGGGACCAUCAAAGGAAAAGAAGAAGGAUUAGGUUUACUGACCUAGAUGUAGCCUUUUUAAAGGCAGUGUUAAAUUUUAUCCGGUAUUAGCUCGAACCCUUUCAUCCUUUAUCUUCAUAGUUACUGGGUUCACAGUGUUGAUGAAUAUGGUAUCCUUUUUUAAUAUCAUUUUUGUUGUACUCUUUCCCAGAAUCUACGUGCUCUGUGACAAUAUUGCAAGUUGAUUAGUGCAUUAUAAUUUGGGAGAAAUCUCAACCCGUGUUUUUGGAUUGGUUUA